AUGAACAACACAACUGAGAAGAAAAACAUAACUUGCAGGGAAAUGACAAAAGAGAUUUUAGAGUAUGAAGUGUAUAAGGAGCUGGAAAGCAUUCAAAACAACUCUUUAGUAUACCCAGCUUAUUAUUUGAAACUGUUCCAUCCUUAUGAUGAGGAAAAUCUUACAUCCCUGGCAGCAGCAGAAGCGGAGCCUACUACAAUGUCAAUGGCAAUGAGGGCAAUUCCAGAAGCUUCUUCAGCAGAUGAAGCGAACGAGAUAAUGUGCGAAAAUUGGAUUUGUGCAAUUGAACAACACCAUAUAGCUUAUUUAGGAACAUCCACGGUCUUUGACAUACUAGAUAUUAGAUGCUAUGGGCUAAAUCUGUCACCUUAUUUUCUAAACGUGGCUCAAUACAAGGCAAAGAGAGGAGUGCCAAGAAAAUAUCCUAUAAGAUGGAUACAUGCAAAUAGUGAAGACACUGGCUUGCUUGCUAAAUCAUUUGACAUUGUGUCUAUUUCAUAUGUGUUUCAUGAAUGUCCUACAAGAGCUAUAGUGAACAUAGUAAACGAAGCAUUCCGUCUCCUUAGGCCUGGAGGCACGCUAGCCCUGAUAGAUAAUUUACCAAAGUCAAAGAUCCUUCGGGAAUUGUCUCCAGUCCUAUUUACAUUGAUGAAGAGAACAAAGCCCUUUCUUGAUGAGUAUUACUUAACAGAUGUAGAAGAAACAAUGAGAAAAGUUGAUUUUGUGAACAUAAAAUCAUUGCUUACAUACCCAAGGCACAUAACGACAACCGCCACCGUUCCUCAAUGA